AUGGCGGCGCUCCGGAUACGCCCCACGACGGUAUUUGCGAAGCAUCCAGUCCGAAGACAGUCGCCUGCGAGCCCUGCCCUUCCACAGCCGACGCUUUUGGAUCGGGAUGAGCCCGGCUCAUCCUGGCAGAUGCAAGCAGCCGAAGGCCCCCAGAUGCUCGUAUGCGGGAAGCCCAAAGCUAGACGAUUCUUGGAGAUUGCUCUUUACCAGUGGUACGUGGGGAGCGUAUCCGUAGUAGGCGCCCAAACCGAGCGCCAGGCAUUUAUUCCGUCCGACUGGGGGCGUGUCCGGGUCCCAUGGCUACAGAGACGGCGCGGUACCGUCGUGUGGCCUUGUGCGCCCUUCCUUGCCCCAAAGGUUCCCAUGGAGAGCGGCACGACUAACUUCCUCUACGGAGCUGGCGACGAAGGCGCAUAUUUUAUCCUUCUCAGCGGCUAUACACAAUCACAAUGGUCGUCCCCGCAGGCAGGAGGAAUUGCCGCCGCCGCAUGGCUUGCGGACACGCCGCCCACUUCGGCGUCCCCAGACGACAUACCACUCUACGCCGAGGGCAACUGGAACACGGGUGGUAGCUGGGACACCACCAUGGACGCUCGGAGCUCAUAG